ACUCCGCCGACGCUUUGUGCUGCUCCUUUGUCCUUCUUGCCCCUUUCUCCCUCAGACUGCAGAGAAAUCGUCAGAAUGGCUGAGAACACCCCCGUGGCUGAGAACAAGCCUGCGCAGGACCAGGACAUCAACCCCUGGUCCGUCGAGGGUGGUCGCGACGAGAACGGCGAGGUGGUGGCCAUCGACUAUGAGGCCAUCUGUCGGAAAUGGAACACCUCCCUCAUUGACGAGAAGCUUCUCGAGCGCUUCGAGAAGGUUACCGGACACAAGCCGCACCGCUGGCUCCGCCGCGGCCUGUUCUUCAGCCACCGUGACUUCGACCGGAUCCUGACCCUCUACGAGCGUGGGGAACCCUUCUUCCUCUACACCGGCCGCGGUCCCAGUAGCGGCAGUCUGCACCUCGGUCACACCAUCCCCCUGCAGUUCACCAAGUGGCUGCAGGAUGUGUUCGACGUCCCGCUCGUGUUCAUGCUUACGGACGACGAGAAGGCCCUUUUCAAGGACAACAUCACCUUCGAGGAUGCGUUGGGCUUCGCCAUGGAGAACGCCAAGGAUAUCAUUGCGCUCGGGUUCGACCUGAAGAAGACCUUCAUCUACAGCGACUUGAAGUACAUCAGCAACCACAUCUUGAUGAACGCUUGGGAGUUCUCCAGUCUGGUGACUUUCAACCAAGUCCGUGGCGCAUUCGGUUUCAACGAGAGCACCAACGUCGGCCGCAUCUUCUUCCCCGCCGUGCAGUGUGUCGCCGCCUUCGCUACCUCCUACCCCGAGAUCUGGAAGGACGAGCCCCUCCAGGAGCGCACCCAAGAGAUCGCCAGCAUCCAGUGUCUGAUUCCCAUGGGCAUCGACCAGGACCCCUACUUCCGUCUCCUCCGUGAAAACGCCCACCGCAUGAAGUUCCCCUCGCCUAAGCCCGCCCUUAUCCACUCCAAGUUCCUCACUGCCCUGCAAGGUGCCGGCGGCAAGAUGUCCGCGUCGGAACCCAACUCGGCCAUCUUCAUGACCGACACUGCCAAGCAGAUCAAGACCAAGAUCAACAAGUACGCCUUCAGCGGCGGCCAAGUCAGCAUUGAGGAUCACCGCCGCCUGGGCGGCAACCCCGACGUCGACGUCUCCUACAUCUACCUGACCUACUUUGAGGAGGACGACGCCAAGCUGGAGGAGGUGUACACGAGCUACAAGAAGGGCGACCUGUUGACCGGCGAGCUCAAGAAGAUGACCAUCGAGGUGCUGCAGGAGUACGUGGCGCAGUUCCAGGAGAAGCGCAAGGAGGUCACCGAUGAGGUCCUCGCUGCCUACAUGAAGCCCCGCAAGCUGGAAUGGAAGGGCAACCCAAACCCCGUGCCGGCUCCCCCGGCGGAGAGCCCCGCUGCCCCUGCUCUGCGGCCCAAAAAGGAAAAGGCGUGACUAGGAUUUUCAGACAAGAGUAGAGAG